AUGCCUCACGUUGCUGCUCGCACCAUCUCGACUGCCUCUUACCCUGCUGGCACUCUGGCUCAUGCAGCCCUGCUACAAAGGAUGAGGCGGGACGACGCUCCCAAGUGCGUUCCCGGACCUUUGGGCUACGAGACCACAAACGAUGACGACAAAUUUCCUUCGUGCUCUACGAGCGUACCCGAGAUCACGCGCUCGUGCUGUGCGCAAGGCACAGUCCUGACCGACCUAGCCGCCGUCCCCACCAACGGCAUCGCGUGCAUUCCGAUCGCUUCGCUGAGCGCCACCUCUGCGCAGUCGGAUCUGGACGCGGCUUGGAAAGCGUUCGAGGAUUGCGCACGCAAAGCGCACGGGGAUAUUUGUCCAGCCGGCACGGGUUUCGAUGUGCAGUGCAACAAGCGAAAACCCGACGAUGCGCCCGCUGCUGCUGCUGCUGCUCCUUCUUCGACUUUGCAAGAGGAUAAGGAGGAGGAGGAGGAGGAGGAUUGCGACGUGACGCCUACUAGCGCCAUCGUUGCUGCUGCCAGUGCCACCAACGUCGCUUCGGCACUCAAUGCUCCCUCGGCCCCACUGACCCUCAACAAUGGCACCAGCGGUCACAAGGAUCACGGCAAUGGCGCAUUUGGUCGAUUCGGAACAGCACCGAUCGGAGGGACUGUGCAGCUCCUGCUGCUCAGUCUAGUGAGCGCCAAGCUACUCUUUGUGUAA